UUCUAAGUUGCGUUGGUCUCGCCCGUCUUACGAAGGGAACAUGUGCUCUCACCAGCGGCGGGUCGGGCGUGUGUGUUGCUGCAGUACAUGCAGAGAUUGAGCAGGAGUCGCUCGAGGCGGCCCUCGUCAGUCCCCACGCGCCUGGUCGCCUGUUGGAAGCAUUUCUUCGCGUGGAGGUAUCGCGAUUCAACGGGUGUGUGUGUGUGUGUGUGUGUGUGUAGGGUGUCUCCUGUGAGAGGGGGUUACCAUGAGUCCCCGUGUGUGUAAGGCGUGCGGGGGGACGGACAUUGACGUGGACCAGUCCCGGGGCAAUGCGGUGUGUACGGGCUGCGGCUCCGUCCUGGAGGACAACAUCAUCGUCUCCGAGGUCACCUUCGUAGAGAGCGGCGGGGGCGGAGUCUCUGCGUGUGGACAGUUUGUGUCCUCCGACGGGUCCGGUUAUGGUUCGACUCCCAAUUUUGGCGGAGACUUCCACAUGGGGACGGGCAAAGAGUCCCGCGCCCAGACACUGCAGAAUGCGAAGCGCCAUAUCACCCAGCUGGGUCAGCAGCUCCAGAUGAACAAGCACUGUCUGGACACGGCCUUCAACUUCUACAAGAUGGCGCUGUGUAAACACCUGACCCGCGGACGCAAGAGCACACACGUCAUCGCCGCCUGCCUCUACCUCGUGUGUCGCACCGAGGGCACCCCACAUAUGCUGCUGGACCUGAGCGACAUUCUGCAGGUGAAUGUGUACGUGUUGGGCCGGACCUUCCUGGUGUUGGCUCGGGAGCUGUGCAUCAAUGCUCCUGCUAUAGACCCGUGCCUGUACAUCCCUCGGUUCGCCCAGCUGUUGGAGUUCGGCGAGAAGAACCACGAGGUUUCCAUGACGGCGCUGCGGCUGCUGCAGAGGAUGAAGCGUGAUUGGAUGCACACAGGCCGCCGCCCCUCAGGACUCUGUGGCGCAGCUCUGCUGGUCUCCGCCCGUAUGCAUGAUUUCUGUCGUACGGUGAAGGAGGUGAUCGGCGUCGUCAAAGUGUGUGAAGCCACACUCAGGAAGAGGUUGAUUGAGUUUGGGGACACACCCACCAGUGCGAUGACCAUUGAGCAGUUCAUGAAGGCGGACCUGGAGAAAGGGGACGAGUGUGACCCGCCCGCAUUCACCGAGGGGAAGAGAAGAGAGCGCCUUAAAGAGCUGGAAGUGCAACUGUCAAAGAAACUGGAUGAGAUGGAGGACGAGGUCUUCUCUUUUCAGGAUGAGAUUGAUCAGGAACUAGAGAGCAGCAGACCCAAAAGGGCAGGAAGAUACGCCUCUAAUAGUCAGUCGUCGGUGCAGUCAGACAAAGGGGAGGAGCCUGAGGAGGAGGCGGAGCUCCGUGAGGCGGCGCGUGUCCUGGCGAUGCGUCAGCUGACCCGAGAGGAAGACGAGGAGGAGGAGGAGGAGGAGGAAGAGCAGGCCGCGCCCCGCAGACGGCCCUCUGUCGCCGCCCUGCUGGGACCGCUGCCCACUGCAGCCAGCCUCGGCCUCCAGGACUCCAUCGACCACUGCCUGGGAGACGAGAAGGAGAACCAGGACGAUGCAACAUCAGAGAGCGGUGAGCUGGACCUGAAUGGCAUCGACGACGAGGAGAUUGAGUUGUACCUCCUGAAUGAGAAGGAGGUGAAGAUUAAGACGGCGCUGUGGCUGCAGCAGAAUGCUGACUACCUGAAGGAGCAGAAAGAGAAAGAGGAAAGGAUAGCAAAGGAGAAAGAGAUGGGCAUCUACAAAGAGAAGCAGAAGAGCAGGAAGUCUUCUCGACGGUAUCCCCCCAUCCGGGCGAACUCGGCGGACGAGGCGAUCGAGAAGAUGCUGGAACAGAAGAAGAUCUCACUGAAGAUCAACUACGACGUGCUGAAGGACCUCAACACACACACACACACACACACACCGGAGAAGGCCACGCCCACAGACACCCCCAGCCCCACCUCUGGUGCACGAGGACGCAGGACCAGCCUCACACCCCACAUCAGCAGCCUGGGCAAGAGGUUACGGCCUCUGGUGUCUGCUCAUCCUGUUAAGAAACUGGCCCUGGACGAGUUGGUGCCCGGCGGUGCCCUGCCCGUGGGCGUUCCCGUGGCGAUGCCCCAGCCUGGCGUGGUGGUGGAGAGUGGGCCGGUGGCGUACGGUGAAGAUCCUGAUGAGGAGGAGGAGGAGGAGGAAGACCAGCCCUGCGUCAGCGCCAUGGAGAUGCUGGGAGGCACCGAAUAUGGCUGUGAUGACGAUGAUGAAGGCUAUUAGGAGCGGAGUGUGUGUGUGUGGGUGUGAGUCUGUGUGCUUUAGGACUGGACUGUGUACACACACACACACACACCUGAUUCCACUGCUACCUGAAGACACUAGGAGAGGAGGAUGAAGAUGAUGAUGAUGAUGAUGUUAUGUCACUGAGCGAGUGUGUGUGUGUGUGUGUG